AUGGGGCCAUCUUUCAUUGCCAUGGACCGCCGCGGUCAUAACCGUCGAAACAUCUCCGUCUUCCCAUCUGGUUCAAAGAUCCCUUCCUCGAAAAAUAAACACCACAAGAACUUCAAGAGACUUGGUAAAGGACUGUUACAGAAACAUCCUCGUCCUAACACAUCCAAUUCCAAUCGCGAUAAUCCCUCUACGAACCACAGCAGUUCCAGGAUGUCUAACCCCAGCAGUUCCAGGAUGCUUCCAAUAGCUCCAAAGUCUCCAAUCACCAAAAGACCCCGUGAUUAUGAUUGGAGUGUACCUUUCGAGAAACCAAUAUGGAGCCCGACUGGUCUCGAGGAGAUGGACGGCCCUCCCACCAAAAAACUCCAAACGACUAUUACCGAAGCAGAGCUGGAAAGCUACAAUGAUCGAGAACCUACAAUCAAGGAGGCAGAUAAGCUCCGGAAGAGGCGCAUCCUGGCAAAGAGGGUGAGCAGCUCUUGGGAAAAUAUGCCAACCAGCUCCCAGCGGGGCAUGCCAAAUCUUACCCUCUAUCAAUGCUACCGGCACAGUCUGUUUCAGAGUCUCCUCCACAUGCCUGCAUUUGUGAAUUUUAUUCAGACCUUUCAUCACGAGGAUCUCUGUGUGUCUGAUGACAAAACUACCUGUGUCUCCUGCUGGCUUAGGCGUCUGAGCCUGGAAUACUGGAAUGUUUCUCCAUCCCCAACUAAGCUCGGGAGGAUACUUGGGGCAAUAGAGACCCUCUUCCACACCUUGGGCUGGAGACCAGACGUUGCGCAUUUUCACGCUGACCCAGAAGAGCAAUCUGAAUGGAUUACCAAAUUUAUGGAGCAGGAGUUGCCAACCGAUGUAUUCGAGUAUUAUAAGUCUUGCUUCUUAUUUGGAAUAUACCAAGUAGUCCAAUGCGAUAAAUGUGCGUCCGAGUCAUACGCAAAGGCUGAAGAUCAAUAUCUUCCCAUCCCAAUUGACAGGGUCCACCGCGAAGUCAAAGACGGCCACUUGAUGGGGUUCUUGGAUAACUAUUUAAUUGAUAUUGUGGAGGGCUAUCGAUGCGAGAUCUGCGGAGAUAAUAAAGACGAAAAGUACCGGUUCGAACGAUUGAGCUACAGCCCGAAAAAUUGCUUAAUCCACCUAAAACGGUUUGACUGGGAAGGCCACAAAAUCAACAACGUCGUUCGCAUACCUACCACCCUCGACCUAAAUCCCUACCGCGACGUCAGUAACAGACACCACCUCCGGUACGAGUUGACGGCAGUCAUCAAGCAUUCUGGCAAUCUUAGAGGCGGCCACUACUUCUGUAGUGCGAAGGACAGCGAUGGGAACUGGUACCGUUUUGACGAUGAGAGGGUAUCCAGAUGCAGUGUGGCGCAGGUCACGAGGCCCAGUGAGGGCGGGUUCACGCCAUAUCUUCUUUACUACGAGCGCAUGCGUCAAUGA